UGUUAGCAUUUUUAUGUGGCGCCCAAAACCCAAAAGCCAUAUCACCAAACUCUGCAACAGAUUAACCAAACACUCCCACAACAAUGGCAGCAAGUGCUGCUGCUGCAAGAACCCUUCUCUUCUCCACUCAUCCCCAACUCAAACUCUUCUCUUUUCCCUUCUCUUACCCACUCUCCCCCAAGUUCUCAAUUCUCAAGAAAAAUCACACCUCUAUUAGGUCCCUCCAAUCAGCUAUCCAUCACCAAACCACCGCCCCUGCAACCCAAUCCCAAGAAUCAAGCCACCGCCUCAAUGUUGUCAGUAUCUUGGAAGAAAGGGGCUUGCUAGAGUCGGUCACCAGUGAAAAUUUGAGGUCAGCUUGUUCAGUUUCUAAUAAAACUCUUAAAGUUUAUUGUGGUUUUGACCCAACAGCCGAAAGUUUACACCUGGGUAAUCUUAUUGGUAUUAUUGUGCUUUCUUGGUUUCAAAGAUGCGGCCAUAAAGCUUUUGCCUUGAUUGGUGGUGCCACUGCUAGAAUUGGCGACCCUUCUGGUAAAACCAUAGAAAGACCUGAUCUUGAUGUUCAUAGUUUGGAAAAGAAUAUCGUUGGGAUUAGUAAUACUCUCACUAGAAUUUUCAAUAUUAAUGUCAAUUUGAAUAACCCGGUUGUUGUUUUGAAUAACUAUGAUUGGUGGAAAGAUGUUAGAUUGCUUGAUUUUUUGAAACUAGUAGGGAAGUAUGCUAGGGUUGGUACCAUGAUUAAUAAAGAGAGUGUGAAGAAGAGGCUUGAAUCUGAACAAGGGAUGAGCUAUACUGAAUUCACUUAUCAGUUAUUGCAGGGUUAUGAUUUUGUUCACCUUUUUAAAAAUGAGGGUAUUAAUGUUGAGAUUGGUGGGAGUGAUCAGUGGGGUAAUAUAACUGCUGGUACUGAUCUUAUUCGCAAAAUUCUUCAGCCCGAAGAUGGAAAUGAGGCCUACGGCUUGACAUUCCCUCUUCUAUUAAAGAGCGAUGGAACUAAAUUUGGAAAAUCGGAAGAAGGUGCCGUUUGGCUUUCCCCUGCAUUCUUGUCACCAUAUAAGUUUUAUCAGUACUUUUUCUCUGUUCCUGAUGAUGAUGUUAUUAGGUUCCUCAAGAUCCUUACUUUCAUGGACUUAGAUGAGAUUGAUAAGUUGGAUAAAGAAAUGAAGAAACCUGGUUAUGUGCCUAAUAUGGCUCAGCGUAGGCUUGCUGAGGAAGUGACACGGUUCGUGCAUGGUGAAGAUGGUCUCGAUGAGGCUCUUAAGGCUACUGAGGCUUUGAGACCUGGAGCUGACACUAAACUGGACUGGAAAAUGAUUGAGGGCAUUGCUGAGGAUGUUCCUUCAUGCUCUUUGUCCUAUGAUCAGGUGCUCCAUCUUUCCCUAAUUGAUUUGUCAAUUUCUGCUGGCUUGCUUGAUAGCAAAUCAGCUGCACGCCGUCUAUUAAAGCAAGGAGGCCUGUACUUGAACAAUAGCAGAGUUGAUAGUGAAAAUAAGAGAAUUGAGCAUGAAGAUAUUGUGGAUGGGAAAGUCCUCCUUCUAUCUGCCGGCAAGAAGAACAAGGUCAUUGUACGAAUAUCUUGAUUGCUGUUGUUGCAUAGUUUACAAUUUACUAUAAUUAUUUCUCUUGCUUGGGAGUUUCCAUACUGCCAAUGUUGCACAUAAACUUCUUCGUUCUUCUGUUUCAGCGUUUUGUUUCCAUUUUCAGAAAUACUCUUGAAAUUCCAAAAGUCUACAUUUAUAACAUUUUUUUGUAGAAUA